AUUAUUGAUAUAAAUUUUUAAACAGGAAAUUAAAUUUAUUUUCGAGAGAUCGGAAGGAUAUUUAAAUCUCAUCAACUCAUCAGUUGUAAUGUCAAAAAAAAGUUACAGUUCAAAAAUGAAGACGACAGUUUCAUUACUUUUUUUAAUUAUUGUCACUUUGACAUUCGAAAAUUCUAAUUGUAACUGCCUUAACCGUAUUAGUCUUGAUUGUAAGAAAGUGCCUCAAAAAUCAAAUGAUUUUAUACAACAUCAUUCAAGUGAGUUGGAUUUUGAUUGUCCUGCAAGAAGAAAUGCAAUUAUAAUUACAAGUCCAAAAUUACAACGUUCGUUAAAAUAUUAUAAUAAUCGUAAAUCAAAAUCUAAAAAACUUUGUUCUCGAUAUGAAUGUCGUAUAAAAAAUUGCAAAAAAACAUGUACGAAUAUAAAUACAAGUGGUCCUACUGAUUUUAAAUUAAUUGACUCAUUUACUAUUUCAUCAGAUGAAAACGACAAUCCUACACCAGAUUUUGUUGAAUUCGAUGAAAAUUUUCAACCAUCCCAGUGUCAUUAUGAUGAACCUCAUCCUCAACAUUAUUACGAUGAGAUCAAUGAUUCUAUUCGAAGUUUUGACGAAUUUGAAAAACCUCAACAUCAUUAUGAUGAGAUCAAUGAUUCAAUUCCAAGUUUUGACGAGUUUGAAGAACCUCAACAUCAUUAUGAUGAGAUCAAUGAUUCAAUUCCAAGUUUUGACGAGUUUGAAGAACCUCAACAUCAUUAUGAUGAGAUCAAUGAUUCAAUUCCAAGUUUUGACGAGUUUGAAGAACCUCAACAUCAUUAUGAUGAAAUCAAUGAUUCUAUUCAAAGUUUUGAUGAAAAUGAUGAACCCCAGAAUCUUUACUAUGUGAUCAAUGAUUCCAUUCCAAGUUUUGAUGAAUAUGCUGAGAGUUGGUAGCAGUGGAAAAAUAUUACAUUUAAUGACGAUUUAGUCAUCAUUGACUAAAUGACUAAUAUAAAAAAAAAUUACAUUGUAAUAUACUUCUAAUAAAAACUAUAUAUAAAUAAAAUAAUAAAUAUAAUUUUUAUA